UGCACGUGGAGACCGGAAGGUGACGCGUUCCGGGAAGGACACGUCGUCGCGUCACCCAUAGUCCAUUGCAAAGCCCGCGGCUUGAGAUGAACGCUGUGGAAAUGACAGCCGCGCGCAAAUACUCGUCUUUUCCUCAGGAUGCUCCGCAGCCGGCCCAGGACGUGGCGCGGGUCCAGCUCCUCCUCUCGGUGGCCGUGGCCGUGCUCUGCGUGGUUCUGGUGAUUUGGAUACUUUUCCGGACCAGAAAGAGCAGUCGGCGAGCAGUGCUGCUGGUGGGUCUCUGCGACUCGGGAAAAACUCUUCUGUUUGUUAGGUUGUUAACUGGCAGUUUCCGAAAUACACAGACUUCCAUAGCUGAUAUCUCUGCCUUGUACAGAGUAAAUAAUGAUAAGAGGACAAAUGUGACAUUGAUUGACCUUCCAGGCCAUGAGAGCUUACGUCUUCAGUUUCUGGACAGGUUCAAGGAUGCAGCUAGGGCGAUAGUGUUUGUUGUCGAUAGUGUAGCAUUCCAGCGGGAGAUGAAAGAUGUAGCAGAAUUCCUGUACCAGCUCCUGAUUGACAAUGUAGUGCUGAAAAAUGCACCACCUCUGCUAAUAGCAUGCAACAAGCAAGAUGUUACAAUGGCAAAAUCUUCCAAACUCAUACAGCAGCAGCUGGAGAGAGAACUCAAUACCUUACGAGUGACCCUCUCAGCUGCCCCAAGCACACUGGAUAGCACAAGCUCUGGAUCUGCCUCUCAGCUUGGGAAGAAGGGCAAGGAGUUUGACUUCUCCCAACUGCCCAUGAAAGUGGAAUUUGUUGAAUGCAGUGCCAGAGGAAGCAAGGGAGAAGAGGGUAGCUCUGAUAUUGAAGACCUGGAAAAAUGGCUAGCAAAAAUUGCCUGAGCGUGGGAGGUAGCAAAAUCAGCUACUGGGAAAAUGAUUUGAAUUGGAAUGAAAUCUAAUAAGGGAAGGGCUUGAGUUCCUAGGUACAGCCUGGAUGGGAUGAGGGAAGCACUUGGAACUGCAACAAGGGCAAGUUAAUUCUGUAUUCUGUUCUGUUUUGAGGUGCCUCUGCUUGCUACAGAAUGCUCUGUUGAAGGAUUCCUGUCAUCCCAGCAAAGUGCAGUCAUUUUUGUUCUUUCCAUUCUCACUCCCCUCUGCAGUUUUUCUUACUAUGUCUUAAUCAGAAAGCCUUCAAAUGGGAUUCUAUCUUUGGAUGAAAGUUG